UUUCGACGCGUCGUUCUCAUUAACACUGGCGCACUCUCUGCUUCUCUACUUCCUUGCUUCCCAUUGUCGGCGUCCGCCGCAGCCACACACAUUCGUUGCAGCUACACACAUUCUUGGCAGCAGCAAGCCUUAAAUUCUGUUCUUAUAUUUACGUCUAUGCAUUUCUUCUUCACUGCUACCUCUUUUUUUAGAAAAAAGAAAUCAUAGCAGAAGAGACUCCUACCUUAUACUGUUAUUUUGUUCAUCUUCUCCCCCUUCGUCAUAAUAUCUCUACGUUUUCAGCCAACGCACCCAAAGACCAACCUUUUUGUAAGCUACAGCCACGUGAUUAAGGAGUAGUGUUACAAAGAUGAUUGAUGCGGAAGAGAUAUCCCAAUUGUGGAGUCAAUUUCUCAAUUAUCUCAUCAAAUUAGAGAAGGAGCUGAAAUGCUUCAAAUGCAAGGGUUUGCUUAGAACACCAAAAUUAUUACCUUGUAAUCACAUAGUUUGCAGUGACUGUAUUAUCACUCCUUUAACCAGUGAACGUUCUGUUUGCCGUUCUUGUCAAAACCCUUUUCGAUACGAAGACGCUAGGCAUGCUUUUCACGUAGAAAGGAUGGUGAGCCUUUUUCAAGAGAUGGAUGCUGCUAUUGGCAGCAUUAUUCAACAGAGACCACCACCUAAAAAUGUGUUUGGUGAUAAACCACAAGGAGUACAUAAUGCACAAGAUAAAUCAUGCCAUUCACCCCUCUCCAAAAAAGUUUCACUUGCAGGAGAUGAACCAUCAGAAGUACAUAAUGGACAAGACAAACCAAGCCAUUCGUGCCUCUCUAAAAAAGUUUCACUUGAAGGAGAUGAACCGGAAGGAGUACAUAAUGCAGGAGAUAAACCAAGCCAUUCACUCCUCUCUAAACUUGCAGGAGAUAAACCAAGUCAUUCACUCCUCUCUGAAACUGUGCCCGGUGAUAAACCAAGUCAUUCACACCUCUCCAAAAAAGUUUCGCUUGAAGGAGAUGAACCGCCAGGAGAACAUAAUGCACAAGAUAAACCAAGCCAUUCACACCUCUCAAAAAAAAAUUCACUUGCAGAAGAUGAACCAUCAGGAGUACAUAAUGCACAAGAUAGACCAAACCAUUCAGGUUUACAUGGUUUUCCAUCUUCCAAUUACAGGACUUCAAAAAGAAGAGUAGAUGAAGGAAAAUAUGAAGCAAUGCCAAAUAGAAGCACGGAUUCUGAAGAACAUUUGAACCUGAAGGAGUCCAGUUAUUUCCCUUCAUUUGGUGAAAAUUCUGAUUCUAAAUUGCACAAAUAUAAUAGUUAUCCUGAACAAAAUCUCAAAGCCUCUUCUCGAAUGAAAUAUGGUGCUUCUCGGCUCAAGAAUUUCAAGAAAACAAAGACGAUGAAGAAUGCAAAUUCCCGGAAUAAUGCUAGUCCAGAUUAUCAUAGUGGUAGACGUUUGUUUGGUGAUGAAUGCGCAUUUUGCCAUUCGUUUCGAAUUAUAGAGGCUUCUGGACCUAUGUAUUGCUACAAAGAUGGAAAACUCACUGCAUUGGAGGAAGCAAACCAGCCUGAUGGAAUAUAUGUUCAUGAAAAGUGCGUUGUAUGGACUCCCUAAGUGUAUUUUUUUGGAGAAAUCGUGAAAAACUUUGAGUUAGAACUAAAGCGAGCAUCAAAGUUAAAAUGCAGCAAAUGUGGGUUGAAAGGUGCUGCUCUUGGGUGUUAUGAUGACAACUGCCUUAAGAGCUAU